UGGAGCCGCCAUCCAGAGUGCCCUGGGCGCAGCAGGAAAACGCGCUUCUUCAGAAGAAUUGCUUGCACAUGGAUUCAAGUGAUGAAAGGUUAAAACCGGGAUUCUUUCUCUGCUAUCACUUCUCUGCUGAGAUAUGAGUAAGCAACCACGAGGGUGCUGCUGCCUGUUCUUUGCAGAGUAAAGGACCAUUUGAACUCCCAAGAGAGUUUGAAGAAAACCUGUUUUACUCUGUGCUACAAAAUUCCUCUAAUGGACUUAAAAAUGAUUUUGUGCCCCAUGUCCAUACCCUUUUGGAAGUAGAUUAAGUGAAAAUAAGUUGCUCUGGUCCUGCCUGUACGCAUCUGUGAGCAGAAGCUGCCAUUUAUUGCCACAGCCUUGAACAACACCCAUGCAUGAACUUUGAUGCAGGGUGGCAAGACCCAGCUUGUCUCCUGCUCGGAGACCAUCUCUCCAAAUGACACGGGCUUCAUCUGAUGGGUAGCUGCAAGCAAAACGCCAGUGUGGAUGUGCAGCAGCAAAGCAAAAAUGUCAGGAGCUGUCAGCCACCGGCUCUUGCAGUGCUUUUUCUGCUGCCAUAACGUCUCAGCCGGGAGAUGUGGCUCCAGCAAUUCAGCAGUAUUGGCAACUGGAACCUGGCAGAAAAAGAGAACAGGGAGGAUAAAUGCAUGCUGUUUUCCUGGCCCCCUCCUGCUCCCGCUCCUCCCAAGACGUAAGGACUCUCCCUUGGCUAGUUCCAGGGGCUGUGCUUUUGGAAAGAGGGCUGGGAAUGAACUCCAAGAGGUGACUAAGCCCAUCUCCUCCUUCCUCUGCCAAAUACAGGCCUUCUUCCUGACUCAGCAAGUUAAAUCUCAUCUAUUUGGUACAGCCCCUGAGGUACCAGACAUAACAGCAUCAAGAAAAUCAGCUUCUCGUCCAAAUCACAAGCUGUCCAGUUGAGUUAGUGUUACUCUACUACUCCAUAUUCCAGAGGAAGAAGCAAAACCAUCACUGCUGCAGGACAGUGUGACAGCAUAAAAUGGGCUCUGGCUCCCUCAACAAGUGAAAUGCUGGGGUAUUUUCUGAAACUUUACAGCAUGGAAGGCCACAUGGAAGGCUGUGGCUUGCAGCUCGAACUGUUGCACUGAGCAUAAGCUGGAAGAACGGCGGUGGAGGAAUUGGCUGAGACGGUCUCUGGAAGUUGGUACAGGUUUCUGGAGGUGCCAUUGAUGCUAACGAUACUUAAAAAAGCAACCCUAAUGUCCCAGCUGAAUUACUGAGCACUUUUUGUGAUUCCUGGAGGUGCUGCUGUUUAAGUAAGAAAUUGUCCUUAGUACUUGGCCUGUCAUCCCAGAAGCAUCCGCUUGGGUACUGUAUGCAAGUCCUUGACGUUCUGGAAACGAUGGGGAUCGGUAAGAAUACCACUUCGAAAUCAGUGGAGGCGGGAGGCUCAACAGAAGGCAAAUAUGAAGAUGAAUCUAAACAUCCCACCUUUUUCACCCUGCCUGUCGUGAUAAAUGGUGGGGCAACAUCCAGCGGUGAUCAGGAUACAGAAGACACAGAGUUGAUGGCCAUCUAUACUACAGAAAAUGGGAUAGCAGAAAAGAGCUCUUUGGCAGAGACGCUGGACAGCAGCGGCAGUUUAGACGCACAGAGAACUGACAUGAUUUACACUAUCGAAGACGUUCCUCCUUGGUAUCUCUGCAUAUUUUUAGGGUUACAGCAUUACUUAACAUGUUUCAGUGGAACUAUAGCAGUGCCCUUUUUGCUAGCUGAUGCCAUGUGUGUUGGAUUUGACCAGUGGGCUACCAGCCAGUUGAUUGGGACCAUUUUCUUCUGCGUGGGCAUCACUACAUUGUUACAAACAACUUUUGGGUGCAGGUUACCCUUGUUUCAAGCGAGUGCUUUUGCAUUCCUAGCACCUGCUAGAGCAAUACUCUCCCUGGAGAAGUGGAAAUGUAAUAAUACAGAUAUAACAGUUACAAAUGGAACGACAGAACUGCUUCACACUGAGCACAUCUGGUAUCCCAGAAUACGAGAGAUCCAAGGUGCUAUUAUCAUGUCCUCCUUGAUAGAAGUGGUGAUCGGUUUGCUUGGCCUUCCUGGCGCCCUGUUGCGAUACAUCGGACCUCUGACCAUCACGCCAACUGUUGCUCUCAUCGGCCUCUCCGGUUUCCAAGCUGCUGGAGAAAGAGCAGGCAAACACUGGGGUAUCGCUAUGUUGACUAUUUUCCUAGUACUGUUGUUUUCUCAGUAUGCCAGAAAUGUCAAAUUUCCCUUACCCAUUUACAAAUCCAAGAAAGGAUGGACAGCAUACAGGCUGCAACUUUUCAAGAUGUUCCCUAUUAUUUUAGCUAUUUUGGUGUCGUGGUUGCUUUGCUUCAUCUUCACUGUGACAGACGUCUUUCCCCCUGACAGUUCCAAGUACGGCUUCUACGCUCGCACGGAUGCCCGACGAGGAGUGCUGUUGGUAGCUCCAUGGUUCAAGGUUCCUUAUCCUUUUCAGUGGGGACUGCCAACAAUUUCAGCCGCUGGAGUAAUAGGAAUGCUUAGCGCAGUUGUUGCUAGCAUUAUUGAAUCCAUAGGAGAUUACUAUGCCUGUGCCAGGUUGUCUUGCGCUCCUCCUCCACCUAUUCAUGCGAUAAACAGAGGGAUUUUUAUUGAGGGUCUCUCCUGUGUUCUGGAUGGGGUAUUUGGGACUGGGAAUGGAUCCACUUCUUCCAGCCCUAACAUUGGUGUCUUGGGCAUCACAAAGGUCGGAAGUCGCAGGGUUAUUCAGUACGGGGCAGCCUUCAUGCUCUUGCUUGGGAUGGUCGGCAAGUUCAGCGCGCUCUUUGCAUCGCUGCCUGACCCUGUGCUUGGGGCCCUCUUCUGCACUCUCUUCGGGAUGAUUACAGCCGUGGGUCUGUCUAACCUCCAGUUCAUAGAUUUAAAUUCUUCACGUAACCUGUUUGUACUUGGAUUUUCCAUUUUCUUUGGACUUGUCCUUCCGAGCUAUCUCAAACAAAAUCCACUGGUGACAGGAAUAGCGGGCAUUGAUCAAGUAUUAAACGUUCUUCUCACUACAGCUAUGUUUGUUGGUGGCUGCGUUGCAUUUAUUUUGGAUAAUACCAUUCCAGGAAGCCCUGAAGAAAGGGGAAUACGAAAAUGGAAGAAGGGGGUUGGUAAAGGAAGCAAGUCACUGGAUGGCAUGGAAACAUAUGAUUUGCCUUUUGGCAUGAACUUUAUUAAAAAAUACAGGUGUUUCAGCUUCCUGCCCAUCAGCCCUACCUUUGUGGGUUACACAUGGAAAGGCUUCAGGAAAAGCAGUAACUGCAGGAGUUCAGACGAAGACUCAGAAGCUACAGUAUAGCCUUAGUUGAAAUGAUAUUAUCUAGUUGUAGUAAAAGAUGUAUUUGCAGUUUCUUGCUGAUUAAGAAGCAUUAAAAUAUAUGUUUUGUAUAUCUGCAUUUAAAUUCUGGAACCAGAGCUGAGACGGAUUUAACAAAAAAAAAAAAAAAAAAAAAAAAAAAAAAAAGCUUUCCUGUUGUGGGUGGUGGUAGCCAGAUCUAGUGUCUCUGGGUCAAAUUCACAAAUGCUCCCCAGUUUGAUUUUCAAAAGCUAUAGGUACCUGUGCAUCUAAGUCUGUUUAUUUUAAAUGGGGCUUAGGUUCCGCAAGUACGUAGGUGCUAUUGAAAAAUGUUCACUUUUAUGAUUAUUUUAUUUAAGUCGUUGACGCUGGCAUUUUUGGCGCGUUCAUUGCUGGCAAUGUUAGUUACGCCAGAAAAUUUGAAUCCUGUGAGAAGGUGGGGGAGGGAAAAAAAUUUCCUUCUAGUCAUGUCAAAUCUUCAGAUACAUUGUUCUCUACUCACUGAUUUGCACAUUCCAUAUUUUCAGCCCCCUGGAAACCAGACUUAGCAAAUCAUGAGAGUAUUUUUUUUGACUUACCGAUAGUUCAAGUCAGGUGUCCUGUGUUAAGACAGAAAGUUUCUGUAAUAACUUUGCCGUCGAAAGCUAUGACCGACUUCUGAUAACUUAGUGCUGUGGAAGGAACCACUCAUUUUGUGUCAGUUCACGUUUUUAAAGGUUGCCUUUUCUGCCUGGCAUUAAACCACCCAAUUCCAGCAUCCAGGCGCAGAUUUUCUUUAGAGGGAUGCACGUAGCUUCAGUUUUACAGAGGUGGGAAACUUUUAAUUUCCAAAUGGGACCUGGUAACAGUUUUUACAGUGCAACGCCUGUACCCAGCAAGACAUUGGCAGAAAAAAAAUGCUAAUUUGUUGCCUAAGCCAUUAACAUCUGUAUACACACAGCUUUUCCUGCAAGGAAAGCCAGGCGGUCAAAACACCGCCAGCAUUCGGUCAAAACGCUGCCGGCCUUUGCUGGUUUGGAUCCGUGCAGAAUUUUCUUGGUCUGAUAUCGAGAGCUGCUGCUGCCUACGAGCAGCUUACGUCUCAUUGCCUCUUCUUCUUCUCUCUUUGUGGGGCUUCUGCAAAAGCUCGUUACUGCUCCAGAGGUGAUCUUGAACGGCAGAGACACUACAUUUGAUGUCCUCAUCCGCUGGAUGGUUUAACGGGUAUUGGGUCCGAUCAGGGCACCAUUCAGAUUUUUUUUUUUUUUUUUUUUUUUUUUUUUUCCCUGGAAUAGUCUCAGCUCUGAUGUUAUGUGGGUGUUCAUGCUCAUCAUGCAUUCAUAAUUAAAAGUUUUAUUCAUGUUUAAUGUUCUUACUAUUGCAAGUUAGUUUUAGACUUCAGUGUGGCCCCAAAAGCAUUUUUAAGCUGUGGAGAUCAUCAGGGAAAUGUAGUGUAAUGUAAUUUCAAGGCCAGUAUGCUCUACGGUGCUUGCGUUUUGUAUUCCUGGAAAAAACAUUGACAGUAGAUCCUGUAAUUCACUAAUAUAUUUAUCAAAGUUUGACUACUGGACAGGAGCGCAGGAACUCUGUUUUCUCUGAGUUUACUUCCAGGUGAAUUUGUUCUUGGUUAUUGAAGCAUGGAAGGGUUGGGGUGGGGAGGGCAAGGAAAGAGCUUAACGGAUCAGUACUGAAUAGUGUAGAGUCGGAAUGAUUCCAUUGAUAGCGUUCUCAGCAUGCCAUGGCUGUUUCCAGAAACUAUUUUAUACCGCUUUUUUUCCAUAACAAAGCAUGUAUUUGUUCCUGCUUCAGGGAACUUUCAGUAGUUUGCAGUCUUGGUGUCAAUUGGACUAUCUCGAAAGCUGGUCGGAAGAGUUACUGUGUAGUAGACAAGGUUAGUUUGCCUGUGAAACAAAGUAAUUUUUGUCCUUUUUACCAUUUGUUAAAUUUUUCCUCUUCAGGUAGUUAGGCGUUAUAUUUCCACAUCCACUUGCAGAUAGUUUGAGUGCGGAGACCUCUACUCAGUGGCACAAAGCUUCCAAAUUUCCCAACUUUAUGUGCAACCAAAGACAUGGGGGAGAUAAAUAGAUAGAUAUAUAUAUAUAAGGAAAAAAAAAAACCAGCCACCUGUGUAUGGUGGCUGUAAUGAUGUAAAAUGCCAAAGGUGGUUAUCUUGUAAACGAUGAGAAAGGAAGGCAAGAGGGGUUUUUUUUUAAAAAUAAUUUUAAAUAAAUUGGUGCCACCUCGGAAAUACAGAAAUGUCGAGUCCAGCAAUGCUGCUGGGUGCGGAGCGCGGCAGUGCCACAUGUGUCCCGAGGCUUUGCUAACUUCUCCCCCCAAAUGUUCUCUUGAUAACUUCAAUGCUUACGCAGUCAAGAGACGAGGCGAUGAGAAACAGCAUUUGUCUUCUCUCCCCUUUGGCUGAAGUAACGCUGUGCGUGUUCUGUACUGCCUUCACUUGAGAAUUGCCAAGACGCUUCAGUCAGGUCACAAGGCAGUCAAUCCAAGGAUAUUUUUUUUUCUUCUCCCUGGAGCAGAACACCACUCCUUCCUCGCAGCUGUUGAACGGGUGAAGUCCGAUGACUCUGUUUAAGUGUUGGGUUUAAUUCUUUCCGUGACUUUGGGUCCUACCGUGCCCAUUCUGUUGCCUGGCCGAGAGAAGCGCGGUAGCAUUCAGCCGGCAUGUUUGCUUUUCUAAGCCACUUAACCUUGGUUAACACUAAAAUAAGUAGUUGUAGCGAGCAGUCGUUUUUGUAACCAAAUCUGUAUACGUAACAACUCUAUCCAUCGUAUUACGAGCACGAGUGGUUAACGAUGAGCCUCGGUUUUGCAAAGGCGAUCCGCUGAAGCACCUGUAAUGCGUAGCGAGGGGUUAGGAUGGAGUCAUUGGCAAUACCUUGCUGCUGCACCCGGGAUAUUGCUGUUACAGCGUGCGUCUCCCCAGGGCUGAGAGGUGAGCAAAGGACGCAGGUGCCUUGGAAAGAGAAGCUUCCCUUUCCCUUUCCAGAGCGUCCGAAACCAUCCCGGAGCCGCCACUCGAAGAAGAUGGCGUUGGUUUUCUUUGCGAGGGAAAUAACUCGGAAUCGUCCCCGGUUUUGUGCAGUUGCGGCGGGGCGAUUGUGGACCUUAAAAUCUUUUCUACACGGGGGUUUUUAGUGGCUGUGGUGAAAUGCCCUGGCCGGGGGAUGCACGGUGCGCAGCCGGGGCUGCCGUGCAGAUGCGUCGCAGAGCAUUAACGUGUGGUUUGGAAAAGUGUUUAAGCUUCCCGUUUGCCGGUGACGUCCAGGCUUUGAUGCGUAAGGGUGGCUGGGUGUAGAAAUCUGACUGUAAACGCAAUACUGUAUUUUUUUUCUCUGUAUGUUACUGCCUGCCUUUCAGACGGUGAAACUAAACAAAACCACGUAGGGAAGACGACACCCGAGAGGCGAGUUAAGAGGCGAUGAGAUGUUUCAACCAAACUUUUAAGACGGAAGGGCAAAUAUUCAUGGUAGAAAUCUCAUUUUGUCAUAUCAAGGAUGGUAUCAGUGUAUGCAAAACAAAAUAACUUGGAACUUUUGUAAUUGAUAUUCUAUUGUAUUAUUAUUUUUUUUUAGGUUAAAUUAAGAAUUCUUGCUAACAUGUUGAAACACGUUUUCUAAAGCAAAUACUUGCAAAUUAUACCUAUAGAAAUUUAGGUUUCAUAGCUAACAGCUAUGACUGAUUAAUGUUGUCAUAUUAGAGCGCGUUGGCGGAGGAACCGAAUCAGGUACCUCGCUCAGAAAGUUCAAACUUUAAACCCAGAAUUUGCUUUAUGCCUUUUCGUACUGACUUUUAAAUAUGGCAACUUGGUUUGUACAUGAAUAUUGCAGUAUUUUAUUUCCAUAUAUUAAAAAUAACAUUUCCGCUCAGGACAACGAUCGCCGUUUUCCUGGGAGGGAGUGGUAUGAUUGUCAUGACAAUGUCAUGUGAUGGUAGAAUUUCUUCAUUGACGAAUCUAUAGUAGUUGUGUAUACUUUAUUUACCCAUGUUUAUGUUCCUACCAAAAACUAAAGGGUUUCUUUAUUGUUCAUCUCCCUACUGAGAUCUCGGUACUCCCGAUGCAGAGGUGGCGCUUGCAGACUGCAAUCCUCAGUACUAUUUAUACCACCAGGAGCGUUAGUGGGUGCGAGCGGUCAUUUAUAGCAUCGCAUCCUUCAUAAAAAGCGGCGGAAACCGCAUCGUUUGUGGUAUAAGCAGCACUCCAGGCACACAUGGGUUACAACAGCCGGCUUCUAAUGGUUUGAGCGAGCCGCUGGAUGCUUACACGCAACCUAAACCAACCCGUGCUUAACGUAAUUUGUGUGUCGAUGUAGAAAAUGCAUGUGUGACAGACCAGCACAACCUACGGGGUUUCUUUUACGUGGCCUUUGUAAACCAAAAGCGACUUUUUUUGUCUUUUUUUUUUUUUUAAUUUUAUUUUAAGGGGGGGGGGAGCGGCGAGUCACUCAUUUUUUUGCAGAAAAUGUCCCGCUUUGGUGCAUGUCUCUUAGUAUUUCUCAAGGCUGACGGCCUUUUUGGCCGUGGGACGACAGGUACUCUGCGCUCUCGUGUUCCUGCAGCCGCGAUAGGGCAUUGCAGUAUUGGAGGAGGCCACGAGUUCGCCCGGUGUUUCGCUUCUGCCCAUGAGUCCGUACAGCUUCGUGCUGGGCUGCUUUUAAGUAUUGGGGAUCCGUGUUCAGAGCCAUCCAAAAUAUUCCUGUCUAGUUCUGAGUUGACUGUGACCGUGCGUUGUCAUCCGUACAUAUUGAUAUGAGAGAGGUAUUUAGAUUUGCCUUGUGUACUAUCUGGCAUCGACUACAUCUUUCCAGGUAAAUCAUCUUGCUGCCAGUCCAAAUUAUCGUACUUUUGUCUGUUUAUAACAACCUUUGGCGUAACAAACUAUUGACUGUUCUUAGGCAGUGGGGAUAAAUAUUAUUUUUUUUCAUGACUUUUUGUGACUGACUUUGGCUGUAAAACCUUUUCGUUAAACAGCAAGAGGUGGUUUGUGUUUUUUUUUGUUUGUUUCGUUUUGGGGGGGUUUGUUUUGUUUUGUUCCGAGAUGUGUAAUUCUUUUAUGGAGGUUAUUUUUUAUUUCGUAUUUUUUUUCUAACAUUGCUUCAUUAAACAAUUAAAUAUUUAAAAAUGUAAU